CUCACGCUCGCUUGACACAUAUACAAGCAAUGCAGUAACCUUCACUUUGCAGCAGCAUACAUGCACAGUCGCUUAGCAUCAACAUCGGUUCUACUAACAUACAGCCAGCAGCAGAGGGUAGACGGAAGUCCCGCUUCCGCUUUUCAUUGUUGAUUUCUUCGUUUCGGUACUCAUCAUGGCGACAGCAACGACUACGACGUCGACGUCAGAGUCAGAAAAAUAUGAGGUCUUGGAGAAAAUCGGGCAUGGAAGCUUUGGAGUCAUCCACAAAGUAAGAAGGAAAAGCGACGGCCAGAUCCUAUGCCGCAAAGAAAUAUCGUACCAACGCAUGUCGCCCAAGGAGCGGGAGCAGCUACAGGCGGAACUCAGCAUCCUGUCAAAGUUACGACACCCAAACAUUGUUGAAUACAUCGAGCGAGACCAUCGCAAGGACACCCAAGACCUGCAUCUGUACAUGGAAUAUUGUGGGAAUGGUGACCUUGGCCAGGUGAUUAAGCGACUGAAGAGCAAGAACCAGUACGCCGAAGAGGAAUUCGUCUGGAGCGUGUUUGCUCAACUCGUCACCGCGCUUUAUCGCUGCCAUUACGGCGAAGAUCCACCUGAAGCGGGUAAGAAUGUAAUGGGCCUGGGAAACACGGCGAAACCGACCAAAAUAAGAGGGAAGUCUGUGCCGUGGAUGAUACUACACCGAGACAUCAAACCUGAGAAUGUUUUCCUCGACGAACACAAUGCGGUUAAACUGGGCGACUUUGGAUUGUCAAAAAUCUUGCAGUCCCACGAUUUCGCCUCUACGUACGUUGGAACGCCGUAUUACAUGUCACCAGAGAUCUGUGCUGCAGAGCGAUAUAGUCUGUACUCUGAUAUCUGGUCCUUGGGAUGUCUUCUCUACGAGCUUUGCGCGAAAGAGCCUCCAUUCAACGCGCGAACACACAUUGAACUCUUCCAUAAAAUCAAAGCUGGCCGAGUGGCUCCCAUCCCUCCUGUUUAUUCUUCGGAACUCCAAAAGGUCAUCUCCAGCUGCCUUCAGGUGAACUCCAAUGCCAGACCAUCGACAGCAGAUCUGCUUAAUCUUCCAGUGGUCAAGCUCAUGCGCAAAGAACAAGAAGUUGUUCUUUUCGCACAAAAGCUGAACAAAGAGAAGAUCAACAUGGAACGAAAGAUGAAAGAGCUUGAGGACAGGGCCAAAAGCUUUGAAGAAGAGAAAGCCACCAUGCGCUCUGAGAUUGAUGCUCAAGUACGGCGUGAAUGGGAAGUUAAGGCUCGACUUGAGAUUGAUCGCCAAGUUCAGGCGCAAACCACUCAGCUGAGAUCACUUUUUGAGGCAGAGGUCAAUAAGCGAGUGCAGGAACAGAUUGCAUCCCGCAACCUCCCACCACGCUCUUCGACACCAAACCCGGACGGCUAUGAGCCAAAAGACGUUCCCUUACCCUUGACAGACCACGAGAGUUCAGAUUUCCCAUCACAGACCGAUCUAUCGUCUCUUUCGCUUGAUUCGCCUACGGAUGUAAAGCAACGGCCUGCGAAGCGAACUACACGCACUCCAUUUGGACGUGCACAAACUAUGUUUACUCGCGCCACAGCCCCGUCACCGAUGGACGUCCAGAUGGCGGACCCAUCACCAAUGUCCAUUGCAAGUCUGUCUUUAUCUCCGCGCAAGAACGGUAAGGGUGGGCAGAGCACGAAGCAGAGGGGCAACAUCUUUGCUGCAGCAGAGGAUCGCUGGGCUCCGACGAACGCAUCUUCGCUCCCAAGCCCAACGCUAAGCGAGGCUGAGGGUUCUGAUGCCGACGGAGAAGACGAAGAAGACGACGGGCUGCCGGCACUGCCCAGUCCAACUCGAGACCCGUUCAAGGCGGCUGCGAAGACCAAACGGCCAAGCCUUGGACGAGUGAAAACACUCCCCGCAAAUAGUAAGCGGUUGGCCAGCACUCCAAAUCUCUUUGCUCCAAAUCAAAACACGACAGCCCGCAAACCUGCCAGCGCAGUGCCUGUCGUGGCAACGAGUCCUGCGCGCAAGGGCAACGCAAACCCGACACGGCCGCGACCUACCGGAUCCAAAGUACCGAUUUCGACAGGCGAAGGCGCUAGCCCAAGAAAAGACGGCAUGCUGAAAACCGCAAUGAAGAAUCAGCUUCAAGGUCGCACCCUGGUCGAGCUCGCACAGGCCAGAGUAGCACCCGUUUCUUCGGUUACGGAAAGAGAGUCGCUCAAGCCAGUCAGUAAAUCCGACGGAGCCACCAAGCCGCCUGUGAGCAUCGCCGAGAACGAUGCACCUGUGUGGGAUCCAGAGCGGGACGAAAUGCCUAGUCCGUUCCUUGUACGGACGAAGCAGCCAGCAACGAAGUCAAGGUAGUAAUUAUGAAUGAAUCGGAAGUCUGGAUGACUUGAAUGGAAUCAGGGUUGAGAAAUGCCAAUUGGAUACGCUUUCAAACACAGUUGGCGGGGGUUUUGGUCGGCGUACUCGGGCAUGGCGUGGAGUAUAUUGGUGGUUAUGUCCUGAUGUUUCCGCAUUUAGCCUUGACGGCGCACUGCUGGCUUUUCAUUUUGUCUUGUAUCAGCCAAAUAUGCUGCGUGAUAGAGUCAAUCUUCAUCUCAUUUCCUUCUUUUUUGUCGAAUAGAAGAUUCUCCAUUUUUGUCUAAAC